CAGCCGUACUCUACCACCCGCACAUGGGGACGGUGUCAGUUCAUCUCAGCGACCUCAACGAGACCGUCCGCGUGAGCGUCCGGCUGGAGAGGGGGGAUGGGCCCAGCAAUAUCACCCUGCUGGAGAGAGAGGUCCAGGAGCCCCGUCUGCACGAGAACGUGCGCUUCCAGGUUCCAGCCCCGUCCGGGGGGCAGCAGGAAGUGGCAGAGCUGCACGUCUCGAUCCGGGGAGAUGCCCUGCAGUUCUCUGAGCGGAAGAAAGUGCUGCUGUGGGCGCUGCAGCCCAGGACCUUUGUGCAGACAGACAAGGCCGUCUACAAGCCGGGACAGACAGUUCAGGUUGUGGCGCAGCAGGGCUAA